GAGUGUUUUCCACGCAAAACUCAGGGCGAGGCGACCUCAAAUUAAAUCAAUUAGAAUGAGCUCUCUUCUGAUUAGAUAAACCACGAAAACACUGUUUAACUAUUACGGAAAAAUGGCUAACUUCAGAAACUGUAAUAUAUUCAGCGAAGCAGUAUGUUAGCUCGGAUGAUACGUGCGCAAACAUGGCCUUGUUUAUGGGAUCUCACUUUGAAGUGUCCUUUGGAUUUCAAUUUUAUCAAAACAAAAUGUCGCCUAAAGAAAAAAAUCCCUUCAAAGUUAGUACAGAAUUCAUGGAAACCCUGAUCUGCAGGCUCAAGUUCAGGACCACUAUUUUGACUUCUUGCGGAUGCUUCAAGUUCCCCAAACGAGACUCCCUCGUGAUCGCAGCAAGCAUAACGUUUCGGUCAACUUCCUAUAAAGUAGCCAAGCCUCCCACUCAUCUUAAAGGCCUGGCUGCUCAGCAAGUAUUACGACAUCCUUUUGAAAUUACCCACGCAAUUCUCGCGGAAGGCUCGCACACAUGGCCAAAGAUGGCCGUCUUUCACGACGAAGUUGAGAUCGAAGACUUUGAAUACGACGAGGAAUCUGAGACUUAUUUCUACCCAUGCCCCUGUGGAGAUCAGUUUGAAAUCACCAAGGCUGAGUUGGAAAAUGGAGAGGAUGUGGCUCGGUGCCCCAGCUGUUCUCUUAUUUUGAAAGUCAUCUAUGACCUGGAAGAUUUCAUGGUUGCUGAAGAAAUUGCUGCACCAGCCCCAGUCAUGCAGAGGGCGUAGGUAGUAACUAGAGGAAAAAUAACACAACCAGCAAUGUUGUGGUGAUACCCAGUACCAAGCACAAGGAAUAUCAACCAAAGUUACAUCUUGGCUGAAGAGCAACAGUCUUCAACUUGGGAGGAUGUGCAGAGAGAGGUCAAGACUGUUCUCAAUAUGAACUUUAAAGACAAAAAGUUUCUGUUCCCCUAUUAUUUUUGUCACAGUAUUGUUUCCCAGAUCAUAAGUGGAUACCCAACCCUUAAGCCACACAAAGGGACUAUUUCUCAAUAUUUGGAGUUAUACCCUUUUUUAAUACCAAUUCCAGGAUUUAAUUUGUGAGCCCCAUUCAAAGUCAGCACCCUUCCUUAACCCUUUAACUUCUAUAAGUGAUAAACAUGGAACUUCUCCCAAUAAUAUCCAUAUAUUAUCUAGCAAACAGGUUAUGAGAAUACUCAAACUUAUCAGGUAGAAGUUGUUAUUUUGAUCUAACACCAAAUUCUCUUAACUAAAUUACAAGGAAAUGUGUAGAAGCUAGAAGGGAGAAUUAUGGAUCAGAUCUCAGAGUUGAAGGGUGAACACUGACAAGUGCAGAAUCAGAGAUAAAAUUGUGAACUGCGAGUCACAGACUCAAUUACCACAAUUAAAGACAGCAUUACAGGAAAAUAAUUAUCAAGCUUUUUAAUUACAAUUAGAGCUGCUCAUUCUUAAGUACAAAAUAUAAUAAUUUCAGCUAAACAGUCCAAAUAAAAUGUACAUUAUAAAUACUUGAUUGU